UGAAAAUCGGCCAUCGCGACAUGCCCAGACGGCCUUGGGCCCCCCGCAUUCCACCCUCUGCAGAGCGGCCCGCCUAUCACGCCGUCGAGUCGGCCCACGUUCUGCCCUGUCGGCCAGCAAGGGCCUGCGCGAUCGCAUCGCUGGCCGCAGAAGCACACCCCCCAAUCAAUGUCAGUCGACAUCUGUACCAUACGAACACCGCAAUCCCAAAUCUCAAAUGCCCCAGAGGUCCUCUCGCAGAAAUGUCGGCCUGCGUGCGUGUCUCAAGGAGGCCUGAGCAAUGCCCACCAUGAUGUCGGAUGGCGCACGCUCCGCUCAGCAGCCGGUGUUUAGCGCAUCGUUUGCGUUUGGCCAGACAAACCUCGAUCAAAACAUCCACCCACCUGACACGUCUGCCUUCUCCACGUCUGUCGAGUUUGACUCCGUUGUCCAAGUGGCCCCGGCAACCGAUGUUUGCCCAGCCCUGACACGUCCGCCUUCUCCACCCCCGUCCGACUUGACUCGUGUCGCGCCAAGAUCUCCGCUGUCGCAACUUCCCUCUUGCACUGGCAACCACCGCACCUUCCGCUCUACGCCACUCACACCCAUCCUCGAGCCGCACCCAGGUCCGAGUCUCUCUCUAGCAGACGUCACGCAUGACGCGACCGCAUACGUGCUAACCCUACAACUUGCCGCUCACCCGCAUCCUCUGCCGAGACUUUGGACGACCUCGAAGAGCUUGGCGACGAGAAUGAAGAAGAGAGAGGUGGCUGACUCGCCACGCAUAGCAGUCUCACGCCGCUUACGACUGUCAACGGCAGCCUGGAUGAAUAAGAAUGCGAGUACCGGCGAAGAUGGUGGCACGAAGCUCGACGACAAUGAGGAAGCGGUGAGCAGGACGUUAGGUGGUUGGCUACGGCACCGGCGAGGGCACCAAGGGCCUCGGAAUGAUCGGGCAGGGAAUGGACGUGUCCAUUUGAUUGCUGCGGAUCAACCAGCUCAUCAAAGCGAAGCUGUCAAAAAAGAGGUCUGAAUGGAGCGAGGCGGUGCCAGCCGGAUAGUAUCAUCCAUCUAGAACCCGGGCGGUGGGCAAUGUCAGUGUGCUGCGAGGACAAGGGCUGCGGAUGAGCGGCAUCCUAUCGAGUGCAGCUGGUAUAGUGUAGACGACUGCACUCACGGCAGUGUAGAGCCUGGAACUGGUGAAUUCGAAGGUGAGCGAGGAGAUGAGGAGAUGAGGAGAAGCCAUAAGCAUAAAGCUGAAGAGGACAAGUGAUUCAGUAGUGGCACAUUAAUGCAGAUAGUCGAGGCGCAGAUACAGC